UGGUGUCGCAGAGUCUCUUACCCGAUGGAGUAUACAAACAGAGGAACCUUGGAGGCUUCCCUGCUGGAGAGAAACUAUCGUCCAUUGUUUGGCUGAUACUUUACUGGAGAUGGAAAAGGACAGCUUACUCGGUUGGUUCAUAAUGACCCCUACGGAGCCUUGUGGAGUUAUAUGGAGGGUUGUGAUGGACUUUCCCAGAGGAACCCUGCUGUCAACCGCGAUAGAUCACGAUUCAGAUAUCAUUACGGUGUAUAGUUAGGUAGUUCUCAGGAGUCAGCAGAAGGACCCGUCAUGUUUCAUCCUGGACCAAAGAAGUAAAUGCUGUGGAAAAGAAAGGACCAAAAAGAGAGAAGAAAAAAAGCAACCUUCAUCGUCGGGUUGUCCGAUUGUUGUCUUGCGUUCGAGAAUCGAAUAAUCAACGGGAUGUACUCCGGUAUGUCUCCACCGGACGAAUCUCCAGUUCCUCUUGCUCCUAGUCGGCAGGGCUCCAUCGGCCGGCUGGAAGACUAUUACCAGGUAUUACCAAGGAGAGCCAUUUUCCAGGAUCAGGAUGAGGGCCAGAUGCUAUUCCAAAAGUCGAGCCACUUAGAUACCAGCUCAUUCAUGCAGAAACUAAGCCCUAUAAUCAACGCCCUGGGGCAGCAUUCUUUGAAUAUAAAGAAGGAUCUGGCUAGCAAUAUCCAUCAAUUAAUUCUAUUAUCACUAGACAAGUAUGGCAGCGUUUACCUCUCCAAGAACUGGAGUGUACAAGAGAUAUCUCCUGCUUCGUAUCCAAAUCACACCGUACACCACAAAGCACUAGGCCAUUGUCUCUGCCGCUGGUGCAUGAUCAUCCGACCAGAAUCCGAAUCUGUUAUUGAGCUUGGAAACUGGGAAUCCUCCAACUAUCAAUUAGCCCAACGCUACUGA